AUGUCCGAGCAAACUGACACGACUCCUGUCUCACAAUUAAAUAACACACCAGAUAGGACACAGACAGAAGGCCAAACCAUCGAAACCCCCCAAACAGAGACUCAGCGCACGGUGCAUAUUGCCAGCGAACCACGGUAUGGUGCAGAAUUAAAUUCAACCGUAGAAACGGCCCAGAAUAAGGAGGAGUCCUCGACGGCACCGGUUGUGGAUAUUAUUUCCCAAGGAGAUGCUGAUACGAGUACUGCUCACACUUCUACUUCCACAGCUACUCAGCCUCUUCAUCCCCUUCAGCCCCUUCAGCCCCUCCAGUCCCAGCAGUCUAUACCAGAUGGCGAAGUCAUCGAACCUCCACCAAUAUACCCUCCCAGCCAAAGUAGUACAGGAGAUAUCGCCCCAGAACCAACAACGAUCACAUUCGACCAUCUAAUGGAAGUAAGAUGCCCAUUCUCCCCUGAGCGGAUUACCAACAUGAUAGGCUGGAACAUAGGCCACAUAUACCCCAGCACUGAAGAAGAACGAAGUCAGGUCAGCGGGUACCUUCUUGAUAUAUUCAAGCAGAUGAAAAGUCUCGAAAUGCUCGAAUUCAAUUUCUCCAAGUUCCAUGAAGUCAUCCCCAUUGCCACGAUAUGUCGAACAGGAACAACUCUGAAAAGGCUUGUUGCUACAGACUCCGACAGAAAUGGAAAUGAUCCUAUUAGCUUGAACGACGUAAAAGAACUCUUAGAAUACUGUCCGCUCAAUACGAUCGCCAUUGUGCGAUGAGAAUAUAUUGAGAUUAUCGUUCUGUACAACUUGGUGAACAUGCCACAAGCCAGUUUUGAAACAGCCAUUUUCUUGUCUACGGUGUAGAUUGAAUCCUACCUCAUCUUUGUGAUACUCAACACAAAGAUAUUGAAGUACCAAAUGUCUGGUUUUGUCAAGCCAUUUUGUUGGAUCAGUCAAAGCAUCUGGUCAGUGGUCAUUUACCGGGGUUCCACAACAUCUGAUUUCUGGUGUAGCCAAUCGGACGAGAAGGAUUGGUACGAUAGACAUUGAUCUCGCUGCGAAGUUGAAAGGAUUGAACUUGUGUGCCGGAAAUAUUCUCCAGGAAAUGCGGCCAGCUGUUGGAAGAAAACAAAACAAUGCGAACCGAAACCCCUUUUUUACCCCAGACUUUCGGCCUGGGCUGACGUCGGCUGAAGCUCGACCUCGGUAUUUCCCCGCGAUUUUGACAACCUCACUCUCACC